AUGAACUGCGUGUAUGAAGCAGAUGUGUUCAAAUGUAGAAUUGGAGGCGGUUGUACACAGAAAGUUUGUGACGGAGUUGCCAACUGUGGAGAUAGAUCCGAUGAGUGGAAUCGUCUUUCAAUUCAAAAAAGAACCUCUGCUUUAGAGGCUCAUGUAGGAAACCAAACCGCUCUCAUCUGUUCAGACAAUUGGAAUUCUGGCCAUUCUAAUAUGGCUUGCCACCUCAUGGGAUAUACUGAUUCCACCAAUUACGAAGAAGUGGAUAAACCAACAGAUAUUUCCAAAUUUAUAAUACUUAAGAACGAUAUUGUUCCUGGUACUUCGUUGCUAUUGCAACUGGAAUCUGUAGACUCAUGUGAUAAAGUUGUAUCUCUGACAUGCCAAAAAUUCGAAUGUGGUUCCUUCAAAAAUGUGACGGAAACAUUGAAAGAAGACUCCAAAAACCAAACAGCAGAAUGGCCAAGUUUAGCACUACUGUACAGCAACAAACAGAAUAUUUAUUGCACAGCAACUCUUGUGGCACCCUCAUGGGUAGUUGCAGGAUAUUCCUGUCUAUUGGGAACCUUGAAUCGAAAGAAUAUAUCGCCCAAGGACUGGAUUCUUAGAAUUGGUGACCAACAAAGAACUAUUGGAAGCAUUAUUGAGUAUCCUCAGGUAAUAAAAUUUCGAAUUACUGAACGAUAG